AUGUGUGGCGGGUGUAAAGAAUGCGAGCAGUUGACGACCCUGACAAGCACCUCCGUGACGUACACCUCCACGACGGUGAGCCUCACCAUCACGAGCUCCACCAUGACGAGCUCCACCACCACCGUGACGUCGAUGACGAGCGCUACCAUUACCAGCACGCCGACGCGGACCUCCCACAGCAGCACGACGACCUCUACGAUCUCCACGCUCACUGGGACCUCUGGCACAGCGACGGCCUCCACGACCACGACAGGGAGCUCGCUGAGCACCUCCGAGACGACGGCGAGCACACUGAGCGCAACGGAGACGACGGCAAGCACCCUGAGCGCAACGGUGACCACCUUCACGUUUCUAGCAGGUCAGCCGACGUGGACAGUCACCAAGACGACCAAGACAACCACGACCAAAACAACCACGACCGUGUCGAUCACAGAGUCGAGCUUGACGAGCGCGACAUUGACGAGCGCGACAGCAACGACGGGAUCGACGGUUACCGAUACCACCACUACCGAGACAACGACCACCGAAACCAGUUUCACCGAGACCAGCAUCUCAAUGACCGAGACGAGCACAUCCACCACCGCAACGACCACCACCACGGGCACCACCCUCACCGAGACCAGCACGACGCGGCCCAACUGCGACCUCUUCCUGUGCUCCAGCGUGCCCUUCCCCUGGACGCGGAAGUGCUUCUUCCUGCCCUACUCGAGCCUCUGCGGGGGCUGCGCGGCGUGCGACACCACGGUGGCGACCACCACCACCCGGAGCUCCGUGACGACAGUCUCGACGAGCCGUACCUCUACGGUCUCGUCCACCGCGACGUCCUCGAGCACCGUGACGUCGACGACGCAGUCCACGACGAGCGCCACGGCGAGCUCCACCGCCAGCACCACGACCGCCAGCGCCACGACCGAGAGCUCCAUUUCCGCCACUACGAAAUCCGCCACUACGAUUUCCGCCACUACACUCUCGCCCACUACGACGUCUGCCACCACAGUUUCCACGCCCCCUCCGACGCCUGCACCACCUCCAGACUGGACCUACACAAGUGUUACUGGGACCAGUGUCACCACCACCGUGUCAAGCUGGACUAGUGCUACCAGCACCGUGUCGAGCUCCACGCACUCGGUGUCGAGCACAACAAGCGAGUCGAGCUCGACGACCUCGUUGUCGACCACCGCCACUGUCACCGACACGACCAGCUCUGUCACUACUACUUCUGCCACUACCACCACUACCACCACCACUACCACCACCACAACCGUCACGACAACUGUCCAGACCACGCGGGCGGGGAUCUGCAUAGCCACCUGCUACUCGUGGCCGUUCCCCUGGGCCAGGAAGUGCUUCUUCGUGCCUUUCUCGGUCUACUGCUCCGGAUGCCCCGAGUGCGCAACCGCAAGGAGGAUGACGAUGGUGGCCUACAAUCAGACUCUGGCGCCAGGAGGGUGA